UCAAGAAUAUCAAAGGGUCUUCACAGGAGCUGAAGAGAGCUGCUGGAUUCUGCACCAUGCUGUCCACCCAGAGGCACAGCACCAGCAUUCUGACCAGAAAGGAAAUCCUGGAAAAUGGGUUCUUGGCCAGCUCCUCCAGCCAUAGCUGUUCUUCUCCUGUUGUGAGCUAUUACAGGGACUCUGGCAGUGCUUCCAAACAUGACACCUGGGAGCUUCCUGUGGACUUGGACAAUGCAGCAAGUGGCAGUUCUCUGUGUGUUGUCAAGCAGGUGGAGUCUCCGAGCAGCUGUGUGAAGACUGAGCUGCACAGCCUGACUCAGAGCAUCUCUGACCUCAGUCUUGUCUGCUUCUGCAAGGCCCACUGUGGCCAGACCACGUUUGAGCUGUCUGGUUUGCCCUGUGAGCACCCUAGCAGAGAUGGCUGCCUGAUGAAUGUGGCAUCACAGAACACCUCGACACCUUGCAAGAAAGACAAGCACUCCAAGCCACUGGAGAGCCUGCUCUUCAAGAGCUCUGAGCUGCCUGGAGAUGUCUCAGCACUUGGGAAAGUGCCAGCACCCAGGUGGGACAUCUCAGCAAUAAAAUCCUUUAUGGAUACCAGCAUGUCCCUCGAUGUCAGCACUGAGGAGUUACACUUACUGGGAUGCUCCAAACCAGACACAUCACCCCUGGAGACCCCUGUGGUGAUUCCUCUGGCUUGGCCUGGUGCCUUCAAGAAGCACUCCAUGCUGAUCCGCAGGUCUGCCACCCAGGAGAGCCAGCCGAGUGACCCUGACACUGCCCCUGUGGUUCUGCACGAUGCUCUGUGAUGGUGCUGGAUGCCUGCUCCCUCCUGCAAGGAGCAGGGAUCCGCGCUGCAGCACAGGAGAUGGAGCCAGCAGCUUGAGUGGUGAUGGCAGCAGUGGUGACAAGCUAAAUCCGCCCACCUGCGGUGGCCGAGUCCGGACUAGUGAUGGGGAAUGUUUGGGCUGGUGAUGGCACCCCCGAGAGCCGCAGCCUUGCUGGCUCCUCCUCCCCGAUCCCUCUGUUUUGUAUGAGCACAAUAAAGAUACAAACAAACGUC